CGGUGUGCCUAAAGUCCGCCCUCUGUAAUAUGGGUUUGCUGGUGGACUGUUGAUUAUGUUGACUCACACGUGUUAAGAGCUUUUCUGUGUUUUAAAAGAGACUCAAAUCGAAUCAACAUUUAUUCCCCUUCGUGUUUAAUGUGAGUUCUGUCAGUUUGGGACAGACUUAUCUGGAUUCUUCUUUCAUCUGUGAUUGUUCAUCUAGAAACUCCAGCAGCAUCACCAGUGUUAGCAGCCCGUCAGCUAACAGCAGUAGCAGGGUAACACACCGGUUUACUCUCUUCUAAGGGUCACUGCACACUGAAAUGUGACAAGUACCUAGUUUGCGCAGACGUAUUACCUUAUUUGAAGUCAGCAAACCGGAAUUGAACGGAUUUCUUUUAUAAUUACGAGCCUUUUCUUUCACUAUACCUCAUUACAUACAUCAUGGGGGCUUACUUGUCUCAACCCAACACGGAGAAAAGCACAGGCAACGGCGGGAAUAAGAACAUGACCUACGGGUUCGCGGCCAUGCAGGGCUGGCGAGUGUCUAUGGAGGACGCGCACAACUGCAUCCCAGAGUUGGAUGAUGAAACCGCUAUGUUUGCGGUCUAUGAUGGUCAUGGAGGUGAAGAGGUUGCUUUGUAUUGCUCCAAGUACUUGCCUGACAUCAUUAAAGAGCAGAAGACAUAUAAGGAUGGCAAACUGCAAAAGGCUCUGGAAGAUGCGUUCCUGGCUAUCGAUGGUCAAAUCACCACAGAGGAAGUCAUCAAGGAACUUGUUCAGAUAGCUGGACGUCCUCAGGAAGAAACAGAAAAAGUAGCAGAUGAAGAUGAUGUUGAUAAUGAAGAAGCCGCUCUGCUGCAUGAAGAAGCCACCAUGACAAUCGAGGAGCUGCUUAUCCGCUUUGGACAAAACCAAAACAAAAAUGCCAAAAAGCCGUGUCCAGAUGCUUCUAAAGAGUCUGAGGAUGGAGAGAAGUCUCAUGCUGAGAAGGGAAUCAACGGUGAGACAGAAUGUGGGGCUUCUGAGGCUGACAGCAAUGGGAAGGAGAAGGCAGCUGGUGCUGGAGAUGUGGCUGAAGGCUCCAAGAUGAGGGCCUGCAGAAGGGCGGCUGCUUCCGGUGGCGGAAGCGGCUCUGCUUCGGACGGAUCCGGUGAGAAGUCUGGGGACGCUGGACCUUCCUGCUCCUCCUCUGCAGCUCCUGCUCCUGGAAGUGCCAAGUCCAAGUUUUUUGAGGACAGUGAAGAGUCAGAGGAGGGAGAGGAUGAAGAGGAAGGUAGUGAGGAAGAGGACUGCAGUGAGGAGGAUGGUGAGAACAGCAGUGAGAACGAGGAAGAGGAUGACACAGAAGAGGGGGAGGAAGAGGAUACCGAUGAAGAGGAGGAAAUGUGCUUGCCAGGCAUGGAUGGAAAAGAAGAGCCAGGUUCAGACAGUGGCACCACAGCUGUAGUAGCUCUUAUUCGUGGGAAGCAGCUCAUCGUGGCCAACGCUGGAGAUUCCAGGUGUGUGGUGUCUGAAAAGGGAAAGGCGGUAGACAUGUCCUAUGACCACAAACCAGAGGACGAGCUCGAGCUGACCAGAAUAAAGAAUGCUGGUGGGAAGGUGACGAUGGACGGCCGUGUCAAUGGAGGCCUGAACCUCUCCAGGGCUAUUGGUGAUCACUUUUAUAAAAGGAACAAGGCUCUUCCCCCAGAGGAACAGAUGAUCUCAGCUCUGCCUGAUGUCAAAGUGCUGACUCUCAAUGAAGACCACGAGUUUAUGGUUAUUGCCUGUGAUGGCAUCUGGAAUGUGAUGAGCAGUCAGGAAGUGGUGGACUUUGUGAAUGAGAGAUUGAAAACUGAGGCUGGUAAAAACCGACCCCUAUCUGCUAUUAUUGAAGAGCUGCUCGACCACUGCUUAGCACCAGACACCUCAGGGGACGGCACAGGAUGUGACAACAUGACCUGUAUAAUCAUCACCUUCUCCCCGCACCUUGGGAGCAACAUAGCUGAGAGCACCAAGAAGCGGAAGCCAGAGGAAACCGCGGCGGAGGAAAAUGGCAACGACAGCAAAAAAUCCAAAACUGAAUAAAGCACUGUCGUUGAAUGUGCUGAUUAUUUUGAGGACACCUUCCCCUUUUGAAUUCAGACCACUUGGAAAAAAUUUUAAGAAUAGCUCCCUGAGAAAGAGCGAUUAAGUUUUAAACUAUUCAAAGACGCAAGCAACUAGAACUGUUAAACCAGACCAUUUGUUCUUUUUUUUUUUUUUUUUUUUUUUUUGGGUUUGUUCUGAUUUAUUUAACAGGCCCGUCAGCAACGUCUAUAAUGAAAUGAACGGAGCAGUAUGGUAGCAGAGGUGAAGACACAAGAGUCUAUGUACUCCUGAUGUAUUUGUCUCGUCCAUCAUACCCUUGUUUGUGUACAUAGUGUUUUUCCAGUAACUGUCAACUUGAUUUGAUUGAUCUUUUUUUUUUCCUUUCUCUCAGUAGUAAUUCAUUGUGUCAGUAUUUGUGACCUUUUCUCUGGAUACCAGUAUGUAAUUGAUCAAAUACAUCUUUUUUUUUUGUUUUGUUUUUUUAAAUAACAUGAUGAAAGAUGCUGGUCUAUUUUUAUUUUUAUUUUUUUUUUUCCUGAUGAAGCCAUCGUCCAGACGAGGGAUAAAAUAAUCCUGUAGAAAUGCUCUGAGAUGAUUUACAUUGACAUUCCUUUCUCACUUGUUUCAUGCUUGCAAAAAAACAACUUUCUGUUUGCAGUGUCAUUAAUCCUAAUGUCUGUAAUAAAUGGGCUUCUUUUAAUCGCAAGGACUGAAGGAUAACAUUGGUCAAUGUGAAAGGAUUCAGUAAACUGCAUUUAUAGAGUCGAAGUCCUCACUGCAAAACAAGAGUUUCCUUUUUUGUUUUGCAUCGUCUUGAAGCAUCCAUCUAAUUCAUUAAGGUUUAUAUACAAGGUAUUUUGGAAUAUAUAUUUUGGUACUUUUUCAGAACAUCUGUGGGUUGUACAGGGAAACGAUUAGUCAUUGCUCAGAUCUACAGCCUUUUCUGUAUCAAUAAACAAGUGGAGACAAGUA